AUGUAUACAACGUCGGCUCGUCGACUAUACGAGGAUCAGAUACCAUCCUUCAUGUCAGUAUUCGACCUAGACCAGGCCAUGCAAGACCAGGACACCGUCACCGUCGUUGAUCCCAAAAUGGUGGGGAUCGAACCAAAAUGCAACCCACAAUUGCCUUCCGACCCUUCACAACUCCUCCAGCCUCCAGCAAUCCCACCAAACCAUCAACACCGGGAUAGCACAUCAACGCAAACAUCCGAGUCCGCGGACUCGUCUCCGACGACGACUGUGUCGUGCACAGAUUCCUCGUCGCUAUCCGAUCCUUCACCUUCUUCGUCGCCAGAUUCUCCAGUCAAUCUGGUUCCCUUGAAUGCCUUCCCAUCGACCAAUUUUGGGGGCCUGCCGUCCAUGGCGACCUUGGCUGUUUCCGAACCUAGGAACCACCUGAUACGCCCCAUGACCUCACCUGCGCCCCGGCGACCGAGGAAUAUGAAGGGCCUCUCCAUACAGCCACCCUUUGCGGCCUCGGCUGCCUCAUCAUCACUGAUGUCUGAGCCAUCUUCCCCGUCUUUUAUAAAACCAACAAUCCCGGCCAUGAAGAGAAAGCCCAGUCAGCUCAGCUUGAAAACAAACUCGGAUGACUUGGCCGGCCGCUCAACCCUCGAAGUCCCGCAAAGUCCCUCCGUACCUGCGCUCGCACAGAGAAGAGCCCUGAAACACUCCACUUCAUCCCCACACAUGCUGAGUGGGCUGAAGUCGUCGACUUUUGGUCCUGCCGGUGGUAUGACCUUCCCGACGGUCUUCGAACGCAACGAGUCUGGCCUCUCGUCCUUCCUCAGACCUGGAAAAGAACCUUCACCCCGCGACAGGGACGAUGCAAUUUUGGAGGAAGACUCGCCUAUCAGGAGCCAAAUGGCCAACCGUACCGCAUUUGACUUUGAACCUUACCAUGAAAAGGAGAGCAACGAGGACCAGAAGUCUCCGGGAUAUCCCGACGGCCCUGUUGCCAUUUACGGAAGCGAUGUCUACCUGUAUAUGGAGCCAACUGCUGAGGAAGCUUCCAGAUUCGACGUCAUUAUUAAUGUCGCUCGUGAGGUUCCGAAUCCAUUCAAGGCCGCAUUGGACAAAGACGAACCCAUGGAGGAUACAUCGCCGAUCCCAGACACGGCCGUGACUAGCUCAAGCUUUGCGACCGCUUUUGAGUUCCAGCCCGACGACAUGACCCCAACAACCCCGAAGGCGCAAUUCUCUCCCAAGGAACCCGAGUACAUUCACAUACCGUGGGACCAUAACACGGACAUUGGGUCGGAUUUGAUGUUCCUGUGUGAGACGAUCGAGAGAAAGACACUCGCCGGCAAGAAGGUCUUGGUACACUGUCAACAGGGAGCCAGUCGGUCAGCCAGUUUGAUCAUCGCCUAUGGCAUCUACCAGAACCCGGAGAUGAGUGUCAAUGAUGCGUAUUAUGCGGCGCAGGGCAAGAGCAAAUGGAUUAGCCCCAACAUGCGAUUGAUGUACUGCCUGCAGGAUUUCCAGAAGGAGGUCUCCAAGAGGAAGCUGCCUCCGAACUCGGCUUAUAAGCCAAGAAGCGGUCGGAGCCCAUCAAAGCACCGCUUGACACUUUCUGUGGACGCAAUCGACGUACCCAAGGAGCCGAGGACAGCACCUUUGCCAGACGAUGAUGGCGCAACAAAAAGCUCUAGUCCGAGCAAUUCGCCAUUGCGCGCCCGCGGCAACUCUACACCGGAUCAGAUCACCAUUUCUCCCGGCCCGUCAUCGGCACCGUCGAGUUUCUCGUGGAUGGAGAAGGAGGAUGAGGCUAAUCCUGGGAAAUUCGGGCGCUUUAGUCCUUCGCAGAUCUUCCAAACGCCUCCUGCAAUUCGAGAAGAGAGCCGGCCUGGAAACACAUCAUCGAACAACUCAGGGUAUUUCCCGAGGCCCCCACCGUCCCCAGCGUUUGGGUCAUUCCUGCCAGAUGCAUCUCCAAAGCCCCCAUCAUCGCCUGGGUUUGGGGCUCACAGGUUCGGCGAGAAGCGCGGCUUCGGAUUUACUCCUUUGAAUUUUGGUUCGCUGUCGAGGCCUGAAAGUGUUGAGCAGCUUCCAAAGGCGGAACGCGAGGUCCAUGUAGUAAACUCUCUACCCGAGGAUGCGGCGCUACUGUCACCGCGAGCCGAGAUCAUCACGAGCAACCCGGUGCACAAUUCCUUCGCUGAGUUCACCGGUCUGCGUUUCGUCGAGGUGCCUCCGACACCCAGCGAGCAGAGCUUCUCCGCAAGCCCAGCGCAAGAGCAGGCGUUAUUCUCACCACGGGAAUCCACAUUCCCACGAGACACAUUCAACCACUUUGGACGACCUCGGCAAGUCUCGGAUCCUCGAAGCCCACCCACCAAAGGCGAGGCUCCGAUCAUUAGGUCCAUCGAUGAUUACAUAUAG